AUAGGUGGGUCUUAGAAAUUCAUAAAUUUUCUUUCUUGUCCCACACUAGGGAAAAAAAAAAAGCAUUGUCUAAACACAAAACCAGGACAGAGCCAAGUUAAUUUUCUUCACAGCGUGGGCUUCCUCUGAUAUUACACCAUAGAAAGCAUUGAUCACCAUAAGAAGGAACAUUUGUGAAGAUACUCCAGUGCCAGAAAGAGGCACAAAGCAGACAUUCCUAGAGAAACAUGGAUGAAACCGGAAAUCUGACAGUAUCUUCUGCCACAUGCCACGACACUAUUGAUGACUUCCGCAAUCAAGUGUAUUCCACCUUGUACUCUAUGAUCUCUGUUGUAGGCUUCUUUGGCAAUGGCUUUGUGCUCUAUGUCCUCAUAAAAACCUAUCAUGAGAAGUCAGCCUUCCAAGUAUACAUGAUUAAUUUAGCAGUAGCAGAUCUACUUUGUGUGUGCACACUGCCUCUCCGUGUGGUCUAUUAUGUUCACAAAGGCAUUUGGUUCUUUGGUGACUUCUUAUGCCGCCUCAGCACCUAUGCUUUGUAUGUCAACCUCUAUUGUAGCAUCUUCUUUAUGACAGCCAUGAGCUUUUUCCGGUGCAUUGCAAUUGUUUUUCCAGUCCAGAACAUUAAUUUGGUUACUCAGAAAAAAGCCAGGUUUGUGUGUAUAGGUAUUUGGAUUUUUGUGAUUUUGACCAGUUCUCCAUUUCUAAUGGCCAAACCACAAAAAGAUGAGAAAAAUAAUACCAAGUGUUUUGAGCCCCCACAAGACAAUCAAACUAAAAAUCAUGUUUUGGUCUUGCAUUAUGUGUCAUUGUUUGUUGGCUUUAUCAUCCCUUUUGUUAUUAUAAUUGUCUGUUACACAAUGAUCAUUUUGACCUUACUAAAAAAAUCAAUGAAAAAAAAUCUGCCAAGUCGUAAAAAGGCUGUAGGAAUGAUCGUGGUCGUGACCGCUGCCUUUUUAGUCAGUUUCAUGCCAUAUCAUAUUCAACGUACCAUUCACCUUCAUUUUUUACACAAUGAAACUAAACCCUGUGAUUCUGUCCUUAGAAUGCAGAAGUCCGUGGUCAUAACCUUGUCUCUGGCUGCAUCAAAUUGUUGCUUUGACCCUCUCCUAUAUUUCUUUUCUGGAGGUAACUUUAGGAAAAGGCUGUCUACAUUUAGAAAGCAUUCUUUGUCCAGCAUGACUUAUGUACCCAGAAAGAAGGCCUCUUUGCCAGAAAAAGGAGAAGAAAUAUGUAAAGUGUAGUUUAAGCCCAUUUCCAGUCCAAACCAAUGAAAAUAGUUUCCCAAAUAAAUAUUUUGCCAAAUCAUUUACAAAAAAAUACAAUUUUUCAUUAAUAUUUUACAAAUACUUAACUAUUUGGGCUUACAAAUCUAUCUCAUUUUUGCAUUCACAUGAUUAGAUAUUUAUAGAUAUUUUAAGUGCUAAAAAUACAGUCCACAACUAUGAACUAAAUUAUAAAUAAUUUUGACCACUUACCAGAAUUUGGAGACUAUUUGUAUGUUUACACUAUAAAAUAUGUCUUAUAUUAAAGUUUUCCUUUUCAAAUAAAAGCUUUACAAAGGAUAAAAUACAUAAAAUUAGUCAAUAUAAAAUGUAUGUAAGCUAAAAGUUAUAAAAUAUAAAAAUAGAUAUAAAAUUGGCAAAGAGUUUUCAAUCAUUCUAACACAUUCCUUUGCAUGCAUGCCAUCGGAUGAGAACUGGAGAUGACUCAGAAGCUAAAUAAAAUGUACUGUCAGCUUUCUUUGUAGUACUGAUUGGCUAGGCAAAUUAGGGCCAUUUCUUCCAAAAGAGAAUGUAAAAGUGCUAGAACAGACUAGUAUUCAGCUAAAUGGUCCUAAAGGCACCAUACAAUGUUCAAUAUGGAAACAGGAGAAAUCUGGUCAAAAGCCAGUUUGUCUCCAGUUUUCUUCUGCCUUUGCCUCAGGCUCCCAAAAUUGAAUAGUGGAGUUUUAGCUGCUCAGUGAGGUUCCUGUAGAGAAUUCUCUCCAUCCAUGACAUAAAAUUCUUCCUUAAAAAGCCAGACAACUAGCACUCCCUUAUAUAAACAGAAGUAAUUAAAAAUUUAUCUGAAGAAGAGGAAAGGAAAAGGAAUCUACUUUUCUAUAUGCCAAUUGCUGGGAUCAAAAUAAACUACAAGGGAUUGAUGAAGAAAAUUGUGAAUGUUCAUGUUACAAAUUAUUUUAAGAAGUACAUACAUUUAUGUAUAUGUAUUCAACAACCUUAUGUAAGAGAUUUUGCUCUAUGAUAUGCAGUAUGGCUGAAAGUUCACUAUAAGUUUUAUUAUUGUUUUAUUACUUUUUAUUGGUAUGUUGACAGGAAUAUCAUGGAUAUGUUUAUAGUGACUUUUAUAUUACAGUGGAUGCUUUGAUCUUAAAACAGUCACAACUCAUCUAGGGCUGAAAUAUAAUAUUCAUGGACAAGCUUUUGCUGAAGUGUAGUGUGUCCUUUAGCUUUGCCUUUUAAGAGGUACAUUACCUCAGAGGAAAUAAAUUAUAACUAUAAAGAAAAAA